ACACCCCUAAAAUCCUCCCAUGGCACCCCCGAAAUCCCCCCUGGCAGCGCCUCCCGGAGCCCCUGCUGCUGCCCCAGGCUGGGAUCGCUCCCCUCCCGACAAUGGGAUUUUAAAUGCGGACAUCGAUCGCUGGCACCCCUUCCAGCACACGCAGGGACAUCCCGUCAGUAUCUGCGCCUGGCCAGCGUUUUAAAAUGAAGUUUGUGCUGAAUUUGUGCCUUUCCAGCGCUCGCAGAGGAUGGGAGCAUGGUGCAGCUGCCCGGGGGCACCUUCCAGAUGGGGUCCCUGCAGAGGAGCGGCGAGGAGGAGCCCGCCAGGGAGGUGACAGUGAAGCCCUUUGCUCUGGACAAACACCCGGUGACAAACAGGGACUUCAGUCAGCCCCGUGGUGGCUGCCCAUCGAGAAGGCUUUUUGGAGACAGCCCUCAGGCCCUGGCUCCAGCAUCAAGGACAGGCUGGAUUACCCCGUGCUGCACGUGAGCUGGAACGAUGCUCAGGCCUUCUGUGCCUGGCAGGGGAAGCGGCUCCCGUCGGAGGAGGAGUGGGAGUUUGCUGCCAGGGGAGGACUGCAGCAAAGGAUGUACCCCUGGGGAAACAAGUUCCAGGCAAACCGUACAAACCUGUGGCAGGGUGAUUUCCCUCGGGAGGACACGGCUGAGGACGGCUACCACGGCGUCUCCCCGGUGACAGCCUUCCCUGCCCAGAACAGCUACGGGCUCUAUGACCUGCUGGGAAACACCUGGGAAUGGACAGCAUCAGAAUUCCCAGCUCCAGGAAGGGCACCCAGGGCUCAGAAGAUGCAGGUGCUGAGAGGGGCCUCGUGGAUUGACACUGCAGAUGGCUCUGCCAACCACAGAGCUCGUGUUACCACCAGGAUGGGGAACACACCAGACUCUGCCUCUGACAACCUCAGCUUCCGCUGUGCUGCCGACAUCCCUCCUGUGCCAGCCUGGAAAAGCCAGAGCAAAGCUGAGCUCUGAGGGCUCCCUGGGAACACCUGAGGCAUUUUCUCCUGUGGAGAUGAACAGUAACCCCCAGCUGUCACUUCCAUUAAACCCCAAUUGUUUCUAAAAUUAAAAAUAAUUUCAACCUUU